GUCUCGUUCGACUCAACCACAGCCGUUCUCCCUCGUUACGUCGCCAAGAAUGCAGUCUCCGCCAGCGUCCUCAGACAACGCCCCUUCAAAGAGACCGAUGUACCAUACGGAGACCACUGGUAGCUGGUGGGGUGACACCAAAGAGGCCGUCAAGAUUCAAUGUGCUAGGAGUAGCCUACUAAGCGGGAUAGCAAGUGGGGCAGGUAUUGGGGUCAUCCGGGGAAUGAGUAGCGGCCCUUUAAUUGCAUCUAAUUGGGCUGUUGGCACGUUUAUGCUUGUGUCACUAGGUACUUGGACCAUCUGCCGCAAGGCCAUGGAGGACGAACGCCGACGGGUACAGGUUAUGGUCGAGUCUCUUCCACGAAAGCUAGCGGAGAGAUCAGAGAAGGAAGCGCAGGCGGACGGGAAAGCAUAACAGUAGCAUGUUGAAGCUGGCAGCUAUCUCUUCUGCGUGUAUUGUUUUAUACACCCACAACUCUGGCAUUUUAUUGUCACCUCGUCCUUCUAGAUACGCUAGAACAUGUUAUCCCCAUAAGCGACAUGUAGCCAUGUUUCACACACGUCAUAUCUCAAUACAAAGUUCAUUUGCCGUUACCGUUAUGGCCAAAUU